CGAAUUUGAAUCGUUUUACGAAACUCGGUCACAAUAUUCGAUUUUUUCUCGUGAUGUUGUCAAACAGGCUUCCAUACAUUUAUCUCUCAGAAGGGAAGUAAUUCAGAGAAAUUUCGAGAAGUCAUGGCUGACAUAAACAAGAAGAAGGCAGAAGCUCUCAAAAUUCAAGGAAAUGAGGCAUUGAAUCAGCAGAAGUAUCAAGAAGCAAUUGAACAUUAUACAGCAGCGAUUGACUUGGACAAAGAUAAUCAUGUUCUGUACAGCAACCGUUCCGCAGCCCUAACACAUGCAGGGAAAUACCUAGAGGCCAUCAAAGAUGCAGAUAAAGCUAUUCAGCUGAAUCCAGAAUGGGCAAAGGGAUAUUCAAGGAAAGGUGCUGCUUUGUCUAAACUUUAUCGCUUUGAGGAGGCUUGUGAAGCAUUUUCCGAUGGAUUAAGGGUAAACCCAGAUAAUGCUGCUCUGAAAGAGGGAAUGGAAGAUGCUAAAUCUCACCUUACAGGUCCAGGGAAUAGUCAGCCAAUAUCCAGUCCAUUUGCAGCUCCUGAUAUGAUGGCAAAGCUACUGGCAAACCCUAAAACACGAGAAUAUCUUAAUCAGCCUGAUUAUUGUCAAAUGAUAGAAAAACUAAAGGAGAAUCCCAAUGAUCUAAAAGAUAUGGUGGAUCCGAGAAUAAUUACAACUCUUGGUGUACUUCUUGGUUUUGAUAUCACCACGCCAUCAGCAUUUACAGGGGAGGACGAAAGUGAAGAGAUGGAAACAGAUUCGCCGCCGCCUCAAACUUCCGCUGAUUCUAAAUCUGCCUCAUCUCCUAACCCCAAUUCCCCAGACUCCUCAGCCCCCAGUAGUUCAGACAAAGUAAAUUCAAAGGCUCUUGAGGAGAAAGAGAGAGGAAAUGCUGCAUACAAGAAGAAAGACUUUGAGGUGGCACUGGGUCAUUACUCUGCGGCCAUUGAACUAGACCCCACCAACAUCACAUUCCGCAAUAAUAGAGCAGCGGUCUACUUUGAACAAGAAAACUAUGACAAGUGUAUAGAAGAAUGUGAGAAGGCUGUAGAAAUAGGACGUGAAAAUCGAGCUGACUACACCCUGAUAGCAAAAGCUUUAGCUCGAGCUGGGAAGGCCUACCUGAAAAAGGAUGAUGACGAGAGUGCCCUGCGCUAUUUGAACAAGUCCCUAUCAGAGCACCGAACACCUGAAAUUUCUAAAUUGAUCCUAGAAAUUGACAAACGAAUGAAGGAGAAGGAACGCUUGGCUUACGUUAAUCCUGAAUUGGCACUGGAAGAAAAGAACAAGGGAAAUAAAUAUUUCCAAGAUGGGAAGUAUCCUGAGGCUAAGAAACAUUAUGAUGAAGCAAUCAAGCGCAACCCGGAUGAUGCCAAAAUCUACAGCAAUAGAGCUGCCUGCUACACAAAGUUAAUGGAGUUCAAUCUUGCUUUGGCUGACUGUGAGAAAUGCAUUGCUCUGGAUCCUAAAUUUAUAAAAGGUUACCUCAGGAAGGGAAGCAUUCUGCUGGCAAUGAAGGAACCGACAAAGGCUUCGAGUGCCUACCAGAAAGCUCUGGAGAUUGAUCCAAACUCUGAGGAGGCCCAGAAGGGGUAUCGGGAUGCUAUGAUGGCUGAAGGCAAUGAUCCUGAGGCCGUCCGGAGACGUGCAAUGGGGGAUCCCGAGGUUCAAGCUAUCCUCAAUGACCCAGCCAUGCGCUUGAUCUUAGAACAAAUGCAGAAAGAUCCUAAUGCAUUCAAAGAGCACUUGAAGAAUCCAGACAUAGCAAAAAAGCUGGAGAAACUGUUGGAAUGUGGAAUCAUAGCAAUUCGCUGAUUUUUGCUAAGUUUUUAGAAUGGAACUCUGCUGUUUCCAGAAAUAAAGAGAGCAAAGAUUCCAGUUACGCGUACAUGUAUCUGAUUGUCAAUCCAAUACAAACACAAUAUGAGGACCAAACAGUUGAUCUUGCUUUUUUAUUGUGUAAAGAAAAAAGAAAAUUUCUCAUGACAUAAGAUGCUUGAUGAUUUGAUGUCCAGUAUAAUAAAAAUAUAAUUAUGUACA